UGAGGCAAUCUGAAAAGAUUUCCGACUUGGGCAGAGCAAAGAAACGUAAAGCCCAUAGUGGCCCAUUAACAUCGGCCAGGACUCGAGAAUUAAAGCGGAGACCUUUCUUCGCUCUCUCUGCAACUGUUGAAUCGAGCGAGAUGUUCAAGAAAUUUACUUAUGAAGAUAUAUCUGCACAAAACCAAGUGAAAGCAUCUGUACAGAGGAAGAUACGUCAAAGCAUCACAGAUGAGUAUCCUGGCCUUGAGCCUCUUAUGGAUGACCUGCUUCCAAAGAAAUCACCUCUCAUUGUUGCAAAAUGUCAAAAUCACUUGAAUCUUGUUGUGGUGAACAAUGUGCCUCUAUUUUUCAAUAUUCGUGAUGGCCCUUACAUGCCGACACUGAGGCUCCUUCAUCAAUACCCAGAAAUAAUGAAGAAGUUACAAGUUGAUAGAGGUGCGAUCAAAUUUGUCCUUUCUGGUGCAAACAUAAUGUGUCCUGGUCUUACAUCCCCUGGUGGUGCUUUGGAUGACGAGGUUCUCGAGGAAUCCCCAGUGGCAAUAAUGGCUGAAGGAAAGCAACAUGCUCUGGCAAUCGGGUUCACAAAAAUGUCAGCAAAAGACAUAAAAGCUAUCAACAAGGGGAUUGGUGUUGAUACCAUGCACUAUCUAAAUGAUGGCCUUUGGAAGAUGGAACGGCUUGAAUAAGGAGGGUAAAAUGUGGACAACUCUUGUGCCUCAAGAAGACUGUUUCAAGUUGGGCCUAUGGAGUGUCAGCACCUGCUUCUUUGGGCUAAUUUAUGGAAUAUGAUACUUUGUUUGUGGGUAGUGAAUCUAACCGGUGAAAAAAAACAAAAUGCAAGUAACGUGUACUAAAAUGUGCUAUAAUUGCCUCUGCAGAGGGGAGACAUUAGCCCGUACUAACAUAGACACCAAAGGGGGUCAUUUAUGCACUUCCUUUUUAAGGUUGAAACCUUGACCUCUCAACUAAUAAUCAUGACCCAUCGACAAGAGCUUCUUCGAGCAAUUUAUUCUUUUAACUUAUAUUUUCAAAUUCAGGGUUGAACCA